GCCAGUUUAUUGGCCAGCACUGUGAGGCGACCGGGGGCGGGGGCCCGAGCGCUGUGUCAGACCGUGGAAUAGCCAUGGCGUCCUAUUUUGAUGAACACAACUGCGAACCGUUGGACCCAGAACGGGAGACGCGAACCAACAUGCUGUUGGAGCUCGCAAGGUCACUUUUCAAUCGGAUGGACUUUGAAGACUUGGGGUUGGUAGUAGAUUGGGAUCACCACCUGCCUCCACCAGCCGCCAAGGCUGUGGUCGAGAACCUCCCCAGGACAGUCAUCAGGGGCUCUCAGGCUGAGCUCAAGUGCCCCGUGUGCCUUCUGGAAUUUGAGGAGGAAGAGACUGUCAUUGAGAUGCCUUGCCACCACCUCUUCCACGCCAACUGCAUUCUGCCCUGGCUGAGCAAGACAAAUUCCUGCCCCCUGUGCCGCCACGAGCUGCCCACUGAUGACGACACUUACGAGGAGCACAGAAGAGAUAAGGCUCGAAAGCAGCAGCAGCAGCAUCGACUGGAGUACCUCCACGGAGCCAUGUACACGUGAGGCGGCCGGGGCUGCGCGCUGGCUGGCAGGCCACAACAGCUUCCUCUUGCACCUUGAAUCCUCAUUAAAGGUUUCUUUAUCUGC